AUGGCAGGAUCUAUGAACACGCGAGCGUUUGAUUGGAAGACGAGUCAGACAAUAAUGUUGGUCGUUCUAGUAAUGAUAGCAUCCUUUUACACCGGCUCUCUUUUUGGCAAUAAAUCUUCUUCCUUACACGUGCAACUACAACAGCCAGACGUACAACACCAGGAUGUCAAUAAUUUAUCAGUUUCUGGUACUUCCAAAUUUACAAAUAAAGUAGCUCUCACUUAUCGGACAGUUCCAAUUACGAUCCCGAAAACUGGGAUGAAUGUAUGCCCCUUGUCGUAUAAUGAGUACAUUCCAUGUCAUGAUAUUUCUUACAAUAAGGAAUUGCGACCAAAAUUAGAUCUUUCUAGAAAAGAAGAGCUGGAGAGGCAUUGUCCUCCACUAAGUAGGCGCUUAUUUUGUUUGGUGCCACCACCAGCUGAUUAUAAGUUGCCAAUAAGGUGGCCUACUAGUAAGGACUACGUCUGGCGAAGCAAUGUGAAUCAUACGCGCCUCGCUGAGGUAAAAGGAGGGCAAAAUUGGGUUCAUGAAAAAGAUCAACUUUGGUGGUUUCCUGGUGGCGGUACUCAUUUCAAGCAUGGAGCCACUGAGUACAUUGAGAGGAUAGGAAAUAUGAUGACUAGUAAGACGGGUAACCUCCAUUCUGCAGGGGUAUAUCAAGUAUUAGAUGUUGGUUGCGGGGUAGCUAGUUUCUCAGCCUAUCUUCUUCCUUUGAAUAUUCAAACUAUGUCUUUUGCUCCCAAAGAUGGCCAUGAAAAUCAAAUUCAGUUUGCUUUAGAACGAGGAAUUGGAGCAAUGAUUUCAGCUUUAGCCACAAAACAGCUACCAUAUCCCACUAGCUCUUUUGAAAUGGUCCAUUGUUCUAGAUGUCGUGUUGAUUGGCACGAGAAUGAUGGCAUUCUAAUUAAAGAGAUUGAUCGCCUAUUGCGAACCAAUGGAUAUUUUGUCUACUCUGCUCCACCCGCUUACAGGAAAGAUAAAGAUUUCCCAGCGAUUUGGGACAAGUUGAUGAAUCUGACUUCUGCAAUGUGCUGGAAACUCAUUGCUAGGGAAGUGCAGACAGCAAUCUGGACUAAGCCAGAGAACAACUCAUGUCUUCAGCACAAUGCACAGGAGAAGCUUCUAAGCUUAUGUGACUCUGUAGAUGAUUCUAAACCCUCAUGGAAAACAUCUUUGAGGAACUGUAUAACUCGACAUGCUUCUCAGGCUCUGCCUCCCAGGCCACAGCGUCUUUCAGAAUAUUCUAAAACUCUCAAUAACCUUGGUAUCAGUCGAGAAAAGUUCUUAUCAGAUACAAUCUACUGGCAGGAUCAAGUUCGUCACUACUGGAGGCUGAUGGAUGUUGAAGAGAAUGAAGUUAGGAAUGUCAUAGACAUGAGUGCUUUCCUUGGUGGAUUUGCAGUUGCUUUGAGUACAUGGCCUGUUUGGGUCAUGAAUGUAGUACCUGCAAACACAGUGAAUACCUUAUCUGCUAUUUAUGACCGGGGUCUGAUUGGCGCCUUUCAUGACUGGUGUGAACCUUUCUCAACAUACCCACGCUCGUAUGAUUUGUUGCAUGCCAACCAUCUUUUCUCUGACUAUAAAAAUCAGGAAGAAGGUUGCUUACUAGAGGACAUCAUGCUGGAGAUGGAUCGAAUUUUACGUCCUCGGGGAUACAUUAUUAUCAGAGGUGAAAUUGAACCACUUAUUAAUAGGAUAGUAGAUCUUGCUCCCAAGUUCCUUUGGGAUACCCAGUUGCAUUUUCUGGAAGAUGAUCAGAAGAAAAUGGAACCAGUCUUAUUUUGCAGAAAGAAGUUCUGGUCCAUCGUGUGA